UUAUUUAUAUUUUUUACUUGCUACAAUGGCAGCAAGCUGCGAGAAAUUGGAUCAACUUGUCAAAGAUUAUUUACUUUUUCGUGGAUUUUCCUCCACUUUAAAAGCUCUUGACCAGGAACUUAAAAUUGAUAAAGACAAAGGAUUAAGGGUUGAUAGAAUGAUGGAACAAAUAUGGACUUUAAUUUCUGGAUAUGAUCUUCAAGGACUACGUGAUUACUGGAAGUACUUAAACUACCGUCUCUUCUCAAGGCUGGAACAGCGCUACAGCUCCAGUGUCAGGAAGCUGGAAAGCAGCCUUCUAAAAUUAUAUAUAGUUAAUGCUCACCAAAGUGGACGACAAGAUAAAGUCCUGGCAUUCUAUGAACAACUGGGAGCAGAACUACAAUCACACCCUGAUUUCAAAGAUUGGUUUGCUUUUCCUUUUGUGGCAAAUCCAUCCGAGAACCCGAUGUUUUUACUCUACUUCAGCAAACAGUGGCAAGAUACUUUACAGCUGUCUUUGCACAAUUUUUUGUCAGUGGUUUUGCAAGCAAUGCCAGUUCCAACAUUGCUAAAUGUUGAGUUUGAUGCUAGAAGAAUGAAAACAUUACAAGAAGAAAAUAUAACUCUCAAACAGCAGCUGUUGAAUCCUGGGAUAGAACAAGGACCAGAAUCCAAAUCUAGCAUUAAAAGAAACCUACAUACAGAGUUGCCUCCACCAUCUUCUCCACCUGAUAUGGUGUAUGAUUUCUCUGGGUUGGCCAGUGACAGUGAAACUCAGAGUGAAGAAAAGCAGAAGUCCACCAGACGGUUUCCCCUGAACCUCACAUCUCCUUUAGUUGGCAGAAAGAAAACUCUGCCAGCCAAGCCAAAGGUGACAGCAACCACAUCCAGUACCACAACUACUGCAGCAAGCUCUGCUUCCACUGUCACAUCAACCACUGGAUCCCAGGGAAAGACGUCCAGGCUAGCAGAGAUGACUGUGUUCCCCCCAACAGAAGGGAGGAAAGCCUCGGCCCCAGCACUGACCACACAGUCAGCAGACGCCAACAGACAAGUAAUGACUGGCAAGCAAAGCACAACUACUGGAGCUGUCCACAUAACCAGACAUGCAACAUUUUCCUCUAGUGAUGGACUAGGCACAUCGGGAGCUCACGUACCAAAUAGGUCCAUGUCUGUCCCUGACAAAGUGACAGCCUUACGAAGUAAACCUGUAACAAGUAAACAUAGAUCAGAGACCCCUGGUACAUCAGCAAACUUGGCCAGUGCAGCUCCAUCUUCUGCUGGCUCAGAUGUGGAGUCUGAUGGCCAAAUGAUAGCAGCAGAUGCUGACAGCCCAUUUUUGUUAUUAGAGGAUGAAUAUACAGAACACAGCUCCGCUGCCACCUUUUGUCGCUUCAGCUUGACAGGGCAGUACGUGGCUAGUCUUGAUGUUGAUGGCAUUGUGAAGGUGUGGAUGUGGAGCCCCCAACCAGCAACUACUGCAACCGUUAUGUCCAAGUCAGCUUUCCUCUCCUUAGCCUGGGCCAGCAAAUCUGAUCGCUGGUUAUUAUUGGGCAACAAAACUGGCACAAUUCGUCUGUUUGAUGUGAAGGAGAGUAAGACUUACAGGGAGGUACACGUCCAUCCAGAUAACCCAGCCAACUGUAUGAAUGUUCUAGAUUUAUCAACAAGUCCAUCAAGUGUCCAGUUUGUCUCUGCUACAUCUGACCAUUGCCCUUUUACCUCUGACCUUAGCACAGUCACUGGUAGACUGUUACAGUGGGAUUUAAGAACUUUAAAAGUUGAGAGAAUGCUGCAAGUAGAGUCCACAGUAUGUAACGUCAUCACAAGCUCAGCCUACAGCCAGAGUGGUCACUUAUUGCUGACUGGAGGGGCAGAUGGUUCAAUUAGGAUUUAUGAUGCCAGCAAUACAAAACCAGUUCUAAAGUGGCAGGGUCAUGAUGCCCCAGUACACACGGUCCAGUUCCAUGGAGAGAAAUCUGUUUACACCAUGUCAGCUGAUGGGGAGUUGCGUGAGUGGAGCCUGCCCAAACCAGGUCAGCUGAUCAGUUCUCUCCACUGUGGACCUAGGGACCUUGGAAAGGUCAACUCUGGUGGUUGCCGUGGGCGGCUGUUUUCCCUUGAUUUAGACCAGCAUUAUCUCUUAACGUACACAGGAAAGAAAGGCUCCAUAUUUAAAAUAACGGAUGGUGCUAGUCCCACCUCAGUCAUGGAGCUCAAGUCUCAUCAGUCACCAGUGGUCACAGUUGAUUGGUCGCCAUCACUGGACACUAGAGUUUGUCUGACUGGUUCUUCUGAUGCCAAAAUAAAAAUAUCAACCCUACUUUCAAAGUAAAUCAGCUAGUGUUCAACCAAAUUGUUUUAGUUUUAAAACUAAUGAUUAUUUAUUGCUAAUGAACUUAUAUUUUGUUUAUGCUCUAGUCAUUCCAAACACAUUUAAUCAUGACCACAUUUAAACUAGAACAAUUGAAGACAUUUUAAAACUAAUAUUUGAAAUGUUCACUUUUGUGAAAUUGAGUAUGUCUGUAUUAGUGUUGCUAAACCCAAGUUUAUUUAAUAUGUAUCUGACUCUUACCCAUUGUAAUGUUCAAAAUUGUUUAUUUAUUGUUUUUGUAAAAAUAUGAAACACGAGCCGACCCGCUGCGUAUCAUACACCGCUAUUUAGUUGUUUUUUUUUUUCUACUUUUCAGUAAUUUAUAAUUUGUGAAUUCGACGGAACCAAUGCUGCCACUGAAAAUAUUUGCUUAAAAACACUAACCCCCCCCCCCCAUGUGAAAGCAGCCGCCUCUUGGUUACCUCUAAGUUUAAAAUCGUUUCAAACUAAAUUAUCUGCCCCUAAUAGCCGUUACCAAACCCGUCUCUAUGAUUGUAAAAUGUAAACAGCGUAAGCACAGCUCACCAGACAAUGUGGGGGUGGUAGUGAUAGUGAUAGAGAGAAAGAGAGGGGACUGCAAGGAGGCGCUUGCAGCUUGUUUUCUAACUGAUCCCAGAAGAGAAUUAUAUAUAUAGAUUGUUAGAUUUCUCAUUAACAUUCUUAAAUUGUUUAAAUGUAAUAUCUUUUUUAAGUAAAAUUCUUAUUUUUUAAUGAUUUUUAUUUACAACUGAAAUAAAAUAUAAAAGUAGUAUUUAUUGUGUAUGGUAAUUUACUUAGGUAUAUACUGUAAAUAUUUGACUUUAAAAAAUCCUUUAAAGUUAAAGCUUCUUGUCUAGACUAUAGAAAUAUGAUUUAAAGGAAACAAUUUAUUACUACACACUGCUGUUCUAAAUAAAUUAUUUCAAGACUCUUCUAUGAAGUAGUACAUUUCAGUUAGCCUUCAGGUUAUAUAAAUGGCAUUUUUAAAAUCCUUCCACCCUUCUUAUUAACACAUUCAUCUUAUUAAUUCUACACAUUUGUUUUAACUUUUACACCUUGACCCCCUUGAACUUACUGUCCAGGAUAUUUUAAGAUAGUUAUAUCAGUACACAUUUGCUUAGUAUAUGGCUGCUUAACAUCUGUCAAGUGAAAAGACCAUUUGUCCUUUAGACCACCAUUAGCUUUCAUGCAUUAUAAAGCUGGACUUUAUUUAAGGAAAAACAAUGUCAACUAUAAUGAUGAAAUAUUUGAUUAAAUCAGUGGUAAUGUCCUGGAGUCCAUUUGAAAUCAGAUGCUGACUAAAGUUGAAUGUCUUACAAGUUUUUGUCUAAGCAGUUCUUUUUAAAUCCUGAACAAAAUAACAACUUUAGCCAUCUCAAGUUUGAGUGUACAUGUUUUUAACGUGAUAGUGUUUAAUUCUCCAUAGAAACUUACCAACAGCCAAAGGGUUAUAAAAAUGUGUGGAAUGUUUUUUUAAUUAUUUUUAUUUUAAAAAAAUGUUUCUUGCAUCAAAACCCCCAACAUUUGUGGGGGUCUGUAAGAGGUCGGAGUGGGCGGGUUGUUGAAGCUCAUAGUUUCUGAACCAAUAAGUCCAGAGUUUGAACCCCCGGGCAAAUGAGGCUCGAUAGCUAGGGACAGCCACCAAUCUAGGAGAGAAAACUACAAAACAAACAACUGCUGCCUUGUUUGUUUUUGGUUGGACAAAGGCUAUGGAAGUAAAUCCAAAAAGAAAUACAGGCUGAAAUCGGGGUCAACGGCCUAAAUAGUGCAUAACCAGUUGACACGUAUACUUGUGUUGGAGUGAAUGUCUUUCAACACUAGAAUUGAGAACGAAGAAUAAGUGGGGUCUGUUCAUAAUUGUCAUGCUGUUGUUAAUAUUUUUUGAAAAUCACAAUUACUUUUAUGGGACAACUGUGAUUAAACAUUUUUA